CUCCGACGCGGUCGCUCGUGUUCCGUACGUCAUUACCGUCAACGGCUAUCGCGCUCGAUUUGAUACCAUUUUUCCUAAAAUAAAAUUAUUGAACAGUCAACGAUGAAAGCGAUGACUAUAAUUAACAAAUUAACUAUCAGUGUUUGAAAGUGCAUGAAAAUACAGUGAAUAAGAUAGUGUACACAGUGUGAUGUCGGUGAAAAACAACGUGGUCUGUGUGAAAAUGCAAUGGGCUGGCGGAGGGGAGGCGCUCUCUUGUUCCUCGGAAACGCUGCGUGCUGACUCAUGUUGUCAUUGAUAUCAGAACUGAGAAGCUCGAAAAUGUCGGCGGCGGGAUCGGCGGUGGCCAUGAUCGGCGCGAACCUGCGCUUCGGGUCAGCAGGCGCGACCAACUCCUCCGUGGUCAACAACACGCGGCUGUGUCCACCCGGCGGAGCUGCGAGCGCGGCCGCCUUGCUGGCGCUGUCUGGACUCGGCAUAUCAGCGAACAUUGCCCUCAUGGCGGUCAUACUUAGUAAAAAACAGUUGAGAAGGUGGUCACACGGUCUACUGUUCCACCAGGCGGUUGUGGACUGUGCGCGCGCAGCCAUCCUGCUCCCGCUCGGCAUCGCCGUGUUCCGGUGCCAGCCCGUGUACAAGUGUUCGCUGGUGGAAACUGCGUUCCUAUUACUUGUAACAGUUUCCACGGUAAACAUGCUGACAACGGUACUGAACGAUAGUCCCAUAUUCCCGGAAAAUGAGGAGGAGCAAGCAGAUUUAUCGGCUCCUUUACUAAUGGAUAGCCCGCAGUGCGUCCUUUUCGGCACAUUUAUGAUAUGGUUCGCGUCAAUUACGAUAAACCUUGGACCCACUUUCUUAUCGGGAGCGUUAGCGGCCAGCGCCGGCUCUUACAGCUCAUAUGGCCCAUCACCGUCCUGUCCCUUAGUGCGAGGGCCUUUUAGACAUUACGUACUUAACGCGCUGUGGAUAGGCGUUAACGCCGUCUGCGUUGGAUUGACACUGUUCCACUUACGGAAACUCCAUCGGGAUCUUACUAAGGCUAACGUAGAGGCUGUCCGAGUAGCUGGUCUAGUGACCACGCUAGUCAGCAUGGCUGGCGACAACCGCCGCAUGGACUCGCUGCCCAACAGCGUCGGACCGAGGACAGUAGAUGGAGCUUUGGCGGAUGGUCAAUGCCGUCCGAUCCGAAGCGCCAACCUUCCUCUUGGAGGCGGCCGAAGAUUGAGAGGGUAUCUGGCUAGAGUAGAACGCGAGGGCGUCCGUCGAGUACGCAUGUUCCUGGUUAUCACUGCAGCGUACGUUCUGUUCUGGGGGCCACUGUUCAUCAUAACGCUGCUCCAUCACCCGGCACUGACCUCACAUGUAGCGUAUGAACUGUACUUCCAAAUAACGCUGCACAUCUCCUACGUGCAUGCGGCAGUCAACCCUCUGCUGUUCCUCGCACUGCACCGAGCGCUGCGCCGCGCCGCACUGCAGCUUUGCUGUGGCUGCUGUGUGCACUGGAGUCAGUUCGUGCUUGCUCUCACAGCAGCCGCUCAGUCUCCGCUCGCGCCGUCAUCGUUCUCUCCGGCCGCCGCGUCCCCCGAGCCGCCGCCCGCACCCCCGCCGCCCAUGGCGCCCCCCGCGCCGCCGCACCCCGCGCCCGCGCCACACACGAUGAUGAGUUGGGAGGUUGAGGACUGUGAUGCAGAGAGUAUGUCGAGUGCGCCUGUACAGGGAGACGAGGAUAUGAUGGAGCCGUGGGGCGGCAGCGUGCGGCGCCCGAGGUCGCCGAGCCCGCUGCUGCCCGCCAUCUGAAGCCUGCCAGCCAGCCGAGACUCGCACCCACACAUAUCCGCGUGCCUGCCUUACGUGCCGCAAACAUAACCACUGGAGCGACCUCGUAAACGUAUUACGGAUAGUCAGAUACUCAUUAUUCACCUUCUACAUUCUCUAGUCUAUAGCAUCUGUCUUAUGAAUGUUGUUAAGUAGGCGUACGUUUUGAAUUUUAGUUAUGCGGACUACAGACCUGCAGUUUUGACUGUACAGUUAAAACGUCCGUGUGUAGGCAAAACUGAAAGCUGUACAGAUAUUUCUAAUGAAAUUUCGAUUAGAUAAACCAGUACAGUUAAAGCUGAAGGUCUGUAGCCCGCAUUAGUGAUCAUAAAUAAUCAAAGAUUAUAAUUAUUAUUCAGAUUUAAGUAUUCAUUAUAUUGUAAUAAAUAAGUAAAUGUCCCUAUUUAUAGAUAGGUAUUGUAUUGUAAAUGUAACAAAAUAUGGAAAGCUCAAUUCUAAAGAAAUAACGAGUAGCAAUAAAUUUUAAAAACUGACAGGACACAAAUAUUCACUAAUAUAUAGUUAACAAUAAGAAAUAUUUUUGCGAUCAUUUAAAUAUAACCAUAUAACACCAAACAAAGGGUAAAACCGUCAAAUAUAAAUAGGCUAAAUAAAAGUUUAUAAAACGAGUUGUAUUGUAGACGUAAGACGUAGCUUCCGUAAAGUUUAAUUUUAUAAAAGUUGGUAUCAGCUCCUAUUUUGUAGGAACUUUUUGAAACCAAAUAUUUUUCAGUAAUCGUCUGUAAAUAGGAUUUUAAUUGUUAGCUAGUCAUUUCUUAUAAUAUAUUAAUAAAUGUAUCUAACUUUUCAAACAAUAUGUGUGAUGACACCUUAUUCAUUUAGAUAUUUCAUAAGAUAUAAAACAACAUGUUGUUUGAAUUAAAUGAAAUAAAUAGAUUUAAAAAAAAACUAAGACGUAAAUUUUAAAAGAGCAAGAAGAACUCUUUCUCAAAAAAAUGAAAUACCUAUAAUAUUUAUUAUAUAUUUUUAAUAUUUAUUGUCUUUUGUUGGAAUUUGCUUUCCAGAGCGUUUUUUCGUUCGUACCUAAAUAAAUUACUGUAAAACAAGUUGAAACAUAAAUAAUAGGUACCAACUUAUUUGCAUAUUUCACAAAACCAUCAAGGAUAUUAUAAUUCCCGACUUACUUUGGGUAAAUACAUGUAUAAUAAUUUGUAAUAAGUACCUACUUAUCUUUUAAAUAAUAUACCUAACGAAGCAUUUCAUUGUAACACUAAGUUUAUAUAAACUUUUCUACACAGUUAACAUUUACUUAGACGGAGCAAAUAAUAUUUUAAGUGUGAAAGCUUAUAAAGGCCAGGUAGUUAUUGUUGUUAAUCUCUGAUUUUAUAUUUCAGAAUAUAUUCUAGAUGAGCCUUUAUUAAUAAAAAUAUUCAAUACAUCCUGCAAAGACUGAUUUCAUUAUUUUUGUUUAAUGGUUUCAAUGAACUAAUAACAAGAAAUAAACAACAAAAGGGUAAUAUGACGUCCCACGAUAUGUUAAAUUACAUUUAACUAUAUUACUAAAAAUCUUUAAAAAUAUUCGAUCUGUAAGGUAGAAUUCUAUUGUAAAUAGAUUUUAAAUAAUAUCUAAGUGUAUUGACUAAUAAACCUCAAAUUAUGAUGUAUCUCAUUAUCUGAUAACAUGCAAUGAAUGCAUUUCAUUAACACUUAGAUUAUUUAUUUAUUUAUGCCCUAAGAAACCUCUUCAUGUUACACUUCACACUAUUUUAAAGGCGAAAGUUUGUGUGUAUGUUCGUUCCUCCUUUACGCUGCGGCUACUAAAGCGAUUUGACUGAAAUUUGGAAUGAAAAUAGAUUAUACUCUGGAUUAACACAUAGGUUACUUUUUAGUCUGGAAAAUCCAUGGUUCCCGUGGGUUUGAGGGCGUCCGCUGUUUCAUCAUAAAACGACGAGGUUUCUUAGGGAUUUUGAAUAACACUUUUAAAAAUGUCGUCUGUUUAUUGUGGUAUGUAACCGUAUGUAUGCAUCCACGAAAUAAUUUAAAAAAAUAAAUUAAUAGUACUUAGGCAUCUAAUACAGUAUGUACUUAUGGGAAAUUGAUUUCUAAACAAAAACAAAGCUACAAAAUUGUUAAAUAACAAUAUUUGUGCAUAUAAAAGUUUUAAUGACUACUUAAUUGAUAAUAUUAUGUGCAAGUACCUUGUUUAUGUUUAAUCCAAUCAUAUUUUUCAUUAUGUGCCAAUUUUGCAUUAAAAGUGCCAAAUAUAAGUAAAAAGUAUAUAUUAUGUAUUAUUUUUUAAUAUCACAAGCCAUUUUAAAUUGCAAUUUCAUGAACUCUGAAUACCUUAAUACCUUAUAGUUAUAUAAAAUUAAUAUGUACAUCGAUUUGUUAAAAGGGUUGUAAAUAAAUAUACCAAAGUGUAAAAUAUAAAUAACUAAACGACUAAGAGGUGGAAUGUAAAACUUAUAUAUGUGUUCUUAUAACAAAAACAGAUAAAAUAACAAUGUUAAAAUAUACAAAUAA